CUUGUGUCCCUAGAGCAGCUAUAUAAAGUGUAUCAACGCCGACGAUUCGUCUCGAGUUGAUCUCUUAUUCACCUUGCCUUCGCGCGCGCGUCGAAUCCUUCGAGUUAAAGGAAAAAAAAAAAGAACAAAAAGAAAAAAGAAAUGGAGAAACUCGUUAUAAUCUUGAUGGCCGCCGUCCCCUGCCUGGCCGGGGAAUUGGAAUUGAGCGGCCACGGAUUGGGCGAUCACGGAUUGACUUUGGGAGAAAUAGCAGUGGGCCACGAGGGUGGAGAUAUUGGCUUAGAGGAAAUAGAGGAGCACGAAAUUGGGGAAUACGGUGGGCACGGUGGACAUUAUGUGCCGAUUGUGAAAUCGAUUGGUGUACCGGUUCCGAAGAAGGUUCCUAUAUUGAUUCCGAAACUGGAGGUUGAAUCCGUUCCACAGAAUUAUCCAGUUCCUGUAAUCGUACCGAAACCCGUUCCUUACCAGGUGGAGAAACAAGUGUUCAAGAAGGUGGAGAAGAAGGUGCCCACGCCCAUCGAGAAAAUCAUUCCGGUGAAAAUCGAGAAGCCGGUCCCAUUCCACGUGGUGAAGCACGUUCCCGUCCCCGUGGUGAAGCCUAUUCCAAUUAAGAUUCCAAUUUACAAAACGGUGGUGCACAGCCACAAGGGCCAUUAACGCGUUUGAAAUUGCGUUGUUGAUUGUUCUUCGUGUUAAUCGUCGUUGCGCACGGCGCAUCAUCCAAAUUAUUCUUUUCCUACGUAUAUACAUUACGUUAUCCUUUCACGUUCCCCAUCCCAUCCUUCAUAAUUAUGCGUUUCGAAAUUAUUUAUUUCGCAAAUUUCGCGUCGUUGUUAAUUAUCAUCGUUUAUAUUUUAUUGUUGUAAGAUUGUUAUAUGUUAAUACAAUAAAGUAAUAUUCGAUUUA